AUGAAAGUAGAUGCAUUUGAGCCACGUGUAUCAUCUGGUCCUGUUGCCACCCGCGAAUCUGGCGUUGAAGGAAAUGAUGCCACCGAAAAAGGAGAAAACCUCAAGUUCUUUUGGCUGGACUAUCUUGAGGUAGAAGGCGUGAUUUAUCUUUUUGGAAAGGUUUUGAACAAGUUGACCUCGACAUAUGUUACAUGCUGUGUCAUCGUGGAGGGUAUGGAGCGCAAUCUAUUUGUGUUGCCUAAGGAAACCAUUCGAGACGAAGACGAUGUGGAGGUCAAGCCAACCGAAGAUGAUGUGUACGAUGACAUUGAAGAUGUCCUUCAAAAAUAUGGCAUUGCUGAAUUCAAGGCCAAGGUGGUCAAACGGAAAUACUGUUUUGAAGAAAAAGGAAUUCCUGCGGGGGAACACGAAUGGCACAAAGUAGUGUAUAGCUUUUCAAAGCCUGCGAUUCCUUUGAAUACCAAGAGUCGAACAUUUGGAAAGGUUCUUGGCACCCAUUCGAGCGCGUUUGAACUUUUUCUACUGAAGCGACGGAUCAUGGGACCUUGCUGGUUGAACUUGAAAGGGGCUCUCCCAAACAAAUCUAAGACCCCGGCCUCUUGGUGUCAAUUGGAGGUCGUAAUCAAAAAUCCGAAGUCGAUAAAUCCCUUUUCUGAUUCGGACAGUUCGGCUCCUCAAGAUCUGCCACCUCUGAGGAUCAUAAGUUUGAGCGUCAGAGAUAUUAUGAAUCAUAAAGAAAAUAAGAGAGAACUCGUAUGUGCAACUAUACGGACAUGGCAUGAUGCGCAACUGGAAGACUCGACUCCGUUGGAUCAGCAACCAUCUUUUACCAAGACGUUUGUUCGGCCCCUCUCCCUUUUCCCGGCGGCCUUUCGCGACGCCUGUCGCCAAACCUCACCAGUCAUUUAUCCUGUUACCAAUGAGCAGACACUGCUUACGGAGCUACUCGCUGAUAUCAGUCGUUUAGAUCCUGAUAUUGUAGUUGGGUAUGAUCUUACGAGUGGAGCACUUGAUGUUUUAUUGCAUCGAAUGAGGGAUCUUAGAACACCACAUUGGUCUAGGAUUGGUCGAUUUCGAAGGGACAAAUUACCUCUUUUGAGAUCAGGUGCAAUCAAUAAUCAACUCACUGGUCGGUUGUUGUGCGAUCUCAGUGCCGAGGGAUUCAAAUCGAGUGUCAGUUCUACUACCUGGUCGCUGACCGAAUUAUGUCAACAGCAUCUCAACAUUGCUCGUGAAGAUAUCGACCCCGAUGAGAUCAUUGAUUACUUUGACUCCACUUCUACUAAACCCACACGUCUAAUCAACUUCAUCAAGCACUCCGAAGCCGAUACAUAUUUUCAAAUGGCUCUUGUUCACAAAGUGCAAUAUUUGAGUUUGACCAAGCAGUUGACCAACUUAGCCGGUAAUAGUUGGAAUGCGACCUUAUUUGGUGGAAGAGCGCAGCGCAAUGAAUACAUUUUACUUCAUGAAUUCCAUCGUCAGAAAUUCAUUUGUCCUGAUAAAUUAUCUUUCAAUGAUCGGAAAGCAAUUGAAAAAGCUCAAGCUAUCAAGAGUGAGAACGAUGGAGAGGAUGGCAAGAAGAAUGUAAAGAAAGAUAAAUAUAAGGGUGGUUUGGUUUUUGAACCUAAGAGAGGAUUGUGGGAUAAGUUCAUCUUGGUGAUGGAUUUCAACUCUUUGUAUCCAAGUAUCAUUCAGGAGUAUAAUAUCGAUUUUACUACCAUUGACCGGACUACCCUUGACGAAGAUGACCCAGACGCGAUGCCAGAGCUUCCCUCCAGUAGUACCAAGCAAGGUAUCUUACCUCGACUGAUUGCCACAUUGGUCAAUCGUCGACGGCAAGUGAAGAGUCUGAUGAAGGAUCGGGAUACCCCACCCAAUAAAAUGAUUCAAUACGAAAUCAAACAACUGGCAUUAAAAUUGACGGCCAACUCGAUGUAUGGUUGUUUGGGUUUCGAAGGAUCUCGAUUUUAUGCAAGAUCACUAGCUGCUUUGACAACAUACAAGGGUCGUGAGAUCUUGACGAACACCAGAGAAUUGGCGGAAAGCAAGGAUUUAGAUGUCAUAUAUGGUGACACUGAUUCUGUGAUGAUCAACACCAAUGCUAUCGAUUUUGCAGCUGCGAAAAAGAUUGGUGGAGAGUUCAAGAAGUUGGUCAAUGAGCGAUAUCGACUUUUGGAGAUCGAUAUCGAUGCAGUGUUUGAAAGAAUGUUACUUUUACAAAAGAAGAAGUAUGCAGCUUUAAAGAUUGACGAAGUGACCUUACAGAAAAGUGUUGAAGUGAAAGGUUUAGAUAUGAAACGAAGAGAAUUUUGUAAACUGUCAAAAGAUGCUUCACAAUAUAUCUUACAACACGUUCUGUCAGGAGACCCAACGGAAAUUGUAGUUGAAAAGAUGCACGAGUAUCUUACACAACUCGGAGAAGAUGUAAAAGAAGGCAGAAAAGAUCUAGAAGAUUUCAUCAUACAUAAGAAAUUGGGUAAAAAUCCAAAAGAUUAUCCAGAUGCCAAAUCUCAACCACACGUACAGGUGGCCCUAAGGAUGGAAUCUAAAGGAAGUUCUGCUGCUAAGGCUGGUGAUGUGAUUCCAUAUAUCUUUUGUUUGGGUGAUGAUGGUAGUUCUAGUACUAGAUCUGCUCAAGCAGAUAAGGCUAGACAUCCUGAUGACCUGAGAAGGUCGGAUUCACCUUGGAAGAUAGAUUAUGAUUACUAUCUUUCAUUACAAGUCUUACCACCUAUUGAACGUCUAUGUGAGCCUAUUGAAGGUACCGAUAGAUCUCGACUAGCGGAAUGUCUUGGACUAGACCCAUCUCGCUUCAAGACACAUACAUCGUCCAAUGCGCUAGACAAUGACAGGGAAUUUCACACACUUGAUUCUCAAAUACCGGAUUCAGAACGGUUUAAGGAUUCGCAGCCCUUCAAACUUCGAUGUCGAUCUUGUCAUGAAGAAUCAGAUUUCAAAGGUGCACAAGCCGACACAGUAUGUCCAUUCCAAAAGCUUGGAAUGAUUGGUAUCUCUGGUAUCAUUUGCCCUAACUUGGUUUGUAAACAGCGAUAUAGUAUAGGUUCAAUGGUCGCUCAACUGGAGAUUCAAAUAAGAGGUUAUAUUAAUAAAUUCUAUGAGGCAUGGCUUGUGUGCGAUGAUGCAUCAUGUCGGAAUCGGACAAGGAUGAUGUCAGUAUAUGGAAGGAGAUGUUUGAACUCGUCAAUGGCGUGUAAGGGAGUGAUGAGUUAUGAGUAUACGGAUAAGAUGUUAUAUGAUCAAAUAUUAUAUUAUCAAUCACUUUUUGAUCCUGAUAAAGCAAUAGAAAGGUUUAAAGGAACAGAUAAAUCUGAAUUGACGGCCAAUAUUUUGAAAGUGAAUAAGAAGACGCUUUCAAUUUUGAAAACUAUUGUUGAUAAACAUUUAGAAUGGAAUGGAAGAAGAUAUGUUUCAAUGGGGUCUUUAUUUUCUUUUAUGACAAAUGUAAAAGGAAUGAAGUAAGAGAGAAGUUUCGUUGUGUGUAUGUUUACUUGGUUAUCAUGGAUUGGGUUUUGUUUUGUUUUGAAUUGUUAGUUGGUUCUAGGAUCUGGAAUUUGUACACUGUGACUUGAUUUGAAUGGUAGCUAUUGAGUCUGGAUUUCUUAUGAUGAACAGUUUCAGUGAGAAUGUAGAAGAUAGUCAUAUAUAUAACU